GGAAGGAAGGAGGAGGACGCUGACAUCACCGCCGGAGCGCGGCUCGGCGGGGCCGGGAGCCGGCUCCGCUCCGCUCCCGUUCGCCGCUCCCGCCGGUGGAACCACCGCGCCCGAGAGAGGGAGGUCCCCAGCACCGCGUGGAUGAGGCCAGGCUGAGAAGAGGACUCACAUUUGUACCCUCUACCCCAAUUAGCCUCAUUCUCUCCCCUCCAUUUGCCCCGGUGAAGAAACAGCUCCUUACCCACACCAGAGCCAGUCUUGGUUGAGUCCCAGGCACUGGUGCGGCUCCACGGCAAUUUUGGGGUCGGAGGGUCGGGAGCUGCUCUCCAUCUCGGACAUCUUCCAACGCUGAGAUCUCCAUCCUGCGUGCGUGAGGAGAGGAGCGCUCUCAACCCCUCUGCACUGCCCGGGCCCAGCCAUCCCUGCCCUGUGCGGGCACCCCGGGCCCCCCAUGCCCGGCUGGAUCGGGGCGGUGUGACCCACUCCACGCUGCCACCAUGGCCUCCUCGGACGGGCUGCAGUACCGGGCCCUCUACGAGUACCAGAAGGACCGUGAGGAGGACCUGGCGCUGUGCCCCGGGGAUGUGCUGACGGUCAGCAGGGCCGGGCUGCUCGGCAGCCCCAACUACAAGGACGGGGACGAGCGCAACCCCCAGGGCUGGCUGCACGGCGUCAACGAGCGCACCAAGGAGCGCGGAGACUUCCCCGGCACCUACGUGGAGUACCUGGGUCCCGCACGCAUCGCCACCGCCGCCGCCAAGGCCAGGCCACGGCCCUUGCCCCUGCCGCCCGCUGGGACCCCCACGCCCUGGGGGCUCCCCGGGCAGGCAGAGCUCACCGAGCAUCCCACCCUCCCCGAGCAGGCGCUGCCGACCGUGGCCAGGCUCAUCGAGGCGCUGGAAAAACAAGGUCUCGACAGCGAGGUGCUCUAUAGAUCUGGCCCCAGUGCCCUGGGGGAUGCUGAGCUGAAGCAGGCCCUGCUGGCAGACGCCUCAGCUGUGGACAUGGACCUGUAUGAGGCCCAGACUCUGGCAGAUGCCCUGAAGUGGUACCUCCAGGAGCUCCCGUCGCCCCUCAUCCCUCCAGCUCUCUACAGCGACUUGGUCCACAUGGCUCAAGAGACCCCAAGCCUGGAGGAAUGUGGCCAGCGAGCCAGAGCCCUGCUGGCCCCCCCAGCCCUGCCACAGCCCCAGGCACUGCUCCUGCGCCAGCUCGCCCGCCACUUCUGCCACCUCUGCCAGGGCACCCACCGGAGCCGCUCCUCGCCCCGGCUGCUCGGGGAGCUCUUUGGGGAAGUUCUUCUCCGCCCGGGGGCAGCCAGCACCGAGGCAAGCCCUGAGCUCCGCGCAAGGAUCCUCGAGUCCUUCAUCAUGGCCAGUGAGAUGGCAGAGCUGCCGGCAGCUCCUGCUCUUCCUCCAAAGCCCCCCAAGCCAAUGACUCCAGUCAAUACGAAUGGAAUAAAGGACAAUUCCAGCUUCUCUCUGCAGGAAGCAGAAUGGUACUGGGGGGACAUCUCAAGGGAAGAAGUAAAUGACAAAUUACGAGACAUGCCAGACGGAACAUUCCUGGUGCGCGACGCAUCGACCAAGAUGCAGGGAGACUACACUCUGACCUUACGGAAGGGUGGCAACAAUAAACUGAUAAAGAUCUACCACCGGGACGGAAAAUAUGGCUUCUCUGACCCACUGACGUUCAAUUCAGUUGUGGAACUCAUUAACCACUACCGCAACGAGUCUCUGGCUCAGUAUAACCCGAAGCUCGAUGUGAAGUUGAUGUACCCAGUGUCCCGGUACCAGCAGGAUCAGUUGGUGAAAGAAGAUAAUAUAGAUGCAGUAGGUAAAAAGCUUCAAGAAUACCAUGCUCAGUAUCAGGAAAAGAGCAAAGAGUACGACAAAUUGUAUGAAGAAUAUACCAGAACAUCACAGGAAAUUCAGAUGAAGAGGACUGCAAUCGAAGCAUUUAAUGAAACUAUUAAGAUAUUUGAGGAGCAGUGCCACUCACAGGAGCGAUACAGCAAAGAGUACAUUGAGCGAUUCCGCAGGGAGGGGAAUGACAAAGAGAUUGAGCGGAUAAUGAUGAACUAUGAAAAAUUAAAAUCCCGCCUGGGUGAGAUCCAUGACAGUAAAAUGCGCCUGGAACAAGACUUGAAGAAACAAGCUCUGGACAACAGGGAGACCGAUAAGAAAAUGAACAGUAUCAAGCCUGACCUAAUUCAGCUCCGCAAAAUCAGAGAUCAGUAUCUUGUAUGGCUCAAUCACAAAGGGGUGAGACAGAAGCGAAUAAACGACUGGCUGGGGAUCAAAAAUGAAAAUAUUGAUGACACAUACUUUGUGAACGAAGAAGAUGAAAACCUGCCACAUCAUGAUGAGAAAACUUGGUUUGUUGGAGAUCUCAACCGUAUCCAAGCAGAAGACUUGCUCUGUGGGAAACCUGAUGGGGCAUUUUUGAUUCGCGAGAGUAGCAAGAAAGGAUGUUACGCUUGUUCUGUGGUAGCUGAUGGAGAGGUGAAGCACUGUGUGAUCUACAGCACUCCGAGAGGUUACGGGUUUGCAGAACCGUACAACCUGUACAGCACACUUAAGGAUUUGGUUCUUCAUUACCAGCAGACAUCCCUUGUCCAACACAAUGAUUCCCUAAAUGUCAGGCUUGCCUAUCCUGUCUACGCACAGAUGCCCCCCUCUCUCUGCAGGUAAAUUUUGGGGAGGAGGAAAGCGUUGGCUAUCUUGGAUUCUUUUCUACGAUUUUUAUUAGAACUCGGAGGGCAUUCUUUCUCCUUAGACUGCUUGUUUUGCACAAGAAGUGAUUCUGUGAAUGUGAAUCAAAAAGAGGCCUAGCAGCAACAAGACGACAACUUGGGUGUAGGUGUCCUGGUGCUACCUUAAAAGCUCAGCUGUGCUUUUACACCAAUACUUUUGUUUCCUUAUGAGGGGAAUAAACUCAACGCGACGCAUACGAAAAUACUGGAAGCAAAGCAUCAUCUUUACGGAGAAAAUUUUCUGCCAGGCACCUUCAGUGGAACUUCUAAUUGGAUUUUGUUUUCUCUUGUUCUAGUAGAGACAGUUUGAAUCCUCUACUCGAGGCAUCAGUAAUGUCUUUCAGUCUUAAAACUCCCAACGAACUCGGGGGAAACUCUACCACAGCAAUUCUUCUCUGUUAAUUUUAGCAGCUUCACUGCGAUUCAGCCGGACUUCCAAAAGAGGGCUUUGUCUUGAGGUAGCAUGGAAUUUGGUGAGAGAAGACCAAAGGAAUUAUGGGAAAGCUUCAGGUUUUUAUUUAAAUGGAAAAAAAAAAAUGCUUGUAAAAGGAAAGUUGCUUUAUUUUUUUGCCAACAGUAACAAAGUUUUGGUUUCAAUGGCACUACAGGUCUUCGCUUAAAGGAAACAUAACCAAACUGAACAUGCCAAAACUUUGUUCAUUGCUAGAUUGAGCACUUACAGGGGAGGUUGCAUUAGCAUCCACGCAUACUUUCUGCACCAAAACUUGAAACAAAUAAAAAGAAAAGCUAAACAUUGUGUGGCUUCAACACACUAAAUUUGUCUGAUCUGACGUAAUUGCUCACUCUCCUCUUUCUUCACUCCCCCCUCCCUCCCAUUCCUCAACUUGGGAUUCUGUUUUCAGUUUUUAAUGAUACUGUGCUUCAGAAUGUAAACCAGAAGGAAGCUUGCACUCACCUGCUGCAGGUCUCUUGCUGAACAAUGACAGACUCUUAUAAAGCUUGAUUUUGGUACAGAAGAGGUCAGUGUAAUCAAAUGCUUCUGGAUGGCUUAUUGUACCAAAUUUUUUGGUGAGUUAUAGAUAGUCACUCCCAGUUGUAGAGAGGUGAGCAUGCUACUCAUAGAUCUGCUCCAAUUUGUUCUUUGCAAGAUGGGUUCUGAACUCUCACACCACUGCAGCCAAGCAAGACUUUACACUGGUAUAAUCUAAAUUCCCUUGUAGUUAUUUUGGACAUGAUGCAAAACACAGGAAGGGAAGAGAGCCAUACUCCUCAGUUACUGGAUGUCUGGUACCAUCCUUUGGCAAGGGCUGCUGUCAGAUACUGGAGUGGGUAGUCCUGGGUUUCAUCAAGUACAGCAAUCAUCAAAUAAAUCCCCUCCCUGGAAAGUGUACAAAGCAGCUUAUUUCCAUUCCUUAAGCUUCUAAAAUGAAAAAGAGCUAAGUUUGGCAAACUGAACCACUUGGCAUCAAAGCACAACUGGCAAAGUAAUUGUUCAGUGUGCAACCUUGAAAGUUACUUUUGUUCCCAUUACUGGAAGCGUUUCCCUUGCAAUGCACCCAUUGUGCAGGACAGGAAGCAGACAGUCAUGCAGGUCUGAGAAUGCUGGAGACCCGUUUCUGACCCUGGGGCUGAUUUCCUGUUCAAAUGGCUUUUUUCUGUAAUGCCUGGGCAGUAGUGCCAGGCUUGUUGAUGUAUAAUGUUUACACUAGAAGUAUUAUUUUGCUGAAUGUCUUGAAUUUGCAAGUAGGGAAGUGACAAGGCUGGAGCACUGACAGCCAUUGCAGGAAGGGUAGUCUGGUUGCCUGGCAUGCCAGGAGAUGUUUUAUUUUGCACUAAUGACCCUGACGCAUCCCAGGCACUUUCUAAUCGGCCAGAGUGCAAUCUUCAGGCAAAGAAUUCUGUCGAUGCCACUUUUCUCAUUAAAUGAAACACUUCAGAACUUAACCAAGACUGUGUGUGAGGGAAGAAUAAAAUUCAGAUAAGUUGCUGUGUCAAAAGUGAACCACAUCUGCUAGUGUGUCCCUUCUGUCCUACUUCCCCAGGAAAAGGAAAAAUGAGACAUAGCCUUUGCUGUUAGUGGAAAUCUUGAAUGGAUUCCUCAGUGGUAUGUGGACAUGGAAUUCUUUUCUUUAUAAAGAAACUCGCCCUACAUUUUGGAUAAUUUGCAGUUCUAAUCUGGUAGCUGUAAAGCCGUCAUUCUCACACCCCUUGAACAUCUAGCAUUCCCUCAAUGCUGGGCUGAGACCAAAUGCCCAGUGAGGGAAAUCAGCUCAAAGGCACAAAUGAUAGCCAGGUGCCUCAUGCCUGUGGAGAAAUCUGUGUGGGAGGAGUGUCUGAUUCUUUUCACUGCCCUUGUGAUCUCUCUGGACUCUCCUCUUACUGACAACGUUAACGUUCAAGGCCGAUGGGGCCCGUAUUUCUGAUCCCUGACUUUGUGACAGAGAUAACCUGGCUGAAGUGUUUCACCUCUGCCCCGUUUUCAGGUAGGGCUCAGUUUGGUUUUAAACAAGCGCAGAUCUACUUCCAGGCUCAUAAAUCCUGGCACACCCUUGCAGUACUGACAGCAGCAGGGUAGCAGAGCGGGGCUGUCUGAACUUUCCCUGUAGUGGAGUCUGACUGAUCCUGUGAGGUCUUGGUCUGGGCUCCAGCCCUGGCUCUGCCAAGGUAAAUACAGUGUAAUUCCAUUAACGUUUGUGAAGGUAGCUUGGCUUUAUCGUGGUGUGAGUGAGUUGGGAUUCUUGGCCCUUUGCUCCCCGAGGUCUUUUCUCUGAUCACAGGUGAUGUGUUUGGUGUGAAUGAUGGACCCAGGGCCAAUAAGCCAUCUUGAAGCGUUCUUUGAAGUUCUGUUGUGCCCAGACCUUCAGAUCAGGGCCACGGGCAGACUAAGACCACAUUCCUUGUGUUUGGCUCUGUUAUCCUCCCUGACAAGUCUCCCUGAGGCUGUUUUGCCACUGUAUCUCUGUGCUUGGUUUAGGCACCUGAAGUCCCUCAGCUGCUGGGGUUGUUCCCCUUUGACUCUCACGUGCUGCUGCACAGAUUCUUUUUGCAUCCAUUUUGCACUCUCAGAGCAAAUGAAAAUGGGUACAAAACCAACUGACACAUGUAGCCGGUGUGAUCCAUGAGGCAAGGGCUUGGUCCUGCACCUCUCAUUGUGCUUGACCUGAUUCUGUUUGCUCAGUGUCAUUAGACCUGUGAGAAAACCCACAGCUUCCAGGAGCUGUUCCGCACUUGCACGGCUGAGAAAUCAGCGAUGGGCCCGAGAGGUGCAGGAUUACACCCCAGGACGAAAAGCAGCUGUUAAGCCUAAAACAAAUACAGGAAAUAUGAACAUAAAGGCAAAACAAAGGAACUCAAGUUCUUUUAAAACAGUAAAAUGUGAGAAGGUUUUAAUUUUAAGAGUCAGAACGUCAGGAGGAAAGGGGGGAAAUAGCCUCACUAUUGUAGCAGCCGUCUGGUGCCAGACUGCAGUUAGAGGAGCAUUGAUCUCAUUGACCCAUAUUGUAUUAAAUAUAUAUGUAGAAUUAAAUAAAUAACUUUUGCACAGUGUUAAAUGGGGGAGGGGGGUGGGAGGGGAGUGGGACAUUGAAACUCAAAUAUGCACAGUUUCUUCUAAUCUGUUUUGAAGUAUAUUUGCAGGGAUUAGGGGUGAUUCGGUAUUUUGUAUUGGUAUGGAUGGAAAUCAGAUCUGCUUCCACAGUUGCCAUUGGCCCCAUUAUGUCAGCCACGAGUGCCAUAUUUUUUGAAGUUAGUAAAUUAUAAAUCUUUUCCCACUAGUUUCUUUAUUGAUUGCAUGUUUAUGUGAGCAUGGGAAGAACCAACCUAGAAACAGAGGGAUGUCUCAGCAGGUGCUUCACUAGUGUGUGGAGCAGUAAUAUGUGAUUGUUCACUUUCUGGUACUGGAGCGCUCUAGUUUUGUGGGUUGUAUUUUGGUUUUUCAUUUAAUUCUCGUCAGCAGUGCAUUUGGGUCACUGCUUUGCACCGUUGGUAGUUGCAAUCUAGAGUUAUAUCCAGUACAGCCCUCUGUCUUAUGCCAAAAAUAAAAUGCUCUUUCCACACUCAUCUCUCUUGAUGUGGCAGAUGGUCAAGAAGUUUUCCAUUUAAUGUGAUGGGCCUGAUUCUUUUCUUGCUGACACCAGUGUUAGCAAGACUUCCACAACCAAAAGCCAUUCCCAGGAAAAGAACUUAUCUUUAAUAACACCUGAAUUCUAGUCACAGCAGGGCAAAAGUCAGUUGUUUUUCCUUCACAAAGCCAGGCAACUGUAAUGGGACUGUGGAAAUGAAUGUUGACACUUAGUGCUGUUUUAGGGAGGACAGGAGAAGGAGGAGGGUCUUGGUUGCCCCAAAUCCUGGGCUCUGUGCAGGCUUAGGUGGCACCAUGUCUGUAACUGAAUGCUGUGGCUGUUUAAAACAGCAGAAUUGCUUUAGGAGUGUCACACUUUAAGUUUGGAAAAGCCCCUUUUUUGGUACUUGAACAAUCUCGCUUCUGUUUUUGAAUGUCUGUUUAUUUUUUAUUUUUGUUACACUAACAGGGAAUAAAAAUCUGAAAUGUUAGUGAGUCUUGUAUGCUUGCUGCAUUGUGCAGACAUGAAACAGGUACUGCUUGUGGAUCAGUAGGGGUAAGAGACAGGUUCAAAAUGCAGUUUUACAAAGCACUAUGAUGGGUUGGGGGUUGUUUUGUUUAGAUCACAUUUAAAAUCAAAUUUUCCUUUGUGUAGUUCCCUUAUGUUGAUUUGCAACCUCUGCUUUUGGAAGAGCAAAAUCAAAAUAACAUUCCCGAAGAACAAAGAUGCUGUGAGGGGAGGGGGGGGUCAGGCUUGCUCAAAUUCAGCAUUCAAAGCAAACAGCUUUAAUGAAGAGGAAGGAUCAGCACCCUAAAGCAUCCCUCUGGUUGUAGUUUGAUGAAGCAGGAGACAAACCAUGAAGCAGGACCUCCACCUGGAACCCACAAAAUAAGAGGAGAUGCCAGAGCAGACCCUUCCCUUUGGAAUAACCAGCUAUACUCUCCUUAAACGUGCAUGCCAGGAGAGAGUUAGAGAAUUAGCAUAAGUCCCUAAGGAGUUGCUCCCCUUUCUGUGUUGGAAGGGAACUUGCAUUGCUGAUCCCUUUGCUUCCCUUGGCACGGUGUGUGCAGCAGGAGAAGGGAACCAAGUCACCAGCCCAAAUAAGCGCCGGCCUGUUCGUGGAGCCGGUUAAGUACUGCGUGAGGAGCAGCUCUGGAUGGGGUUACAUGAAGUUUGUCCAACAUUUCUGUGAAUCUUGCAUUCUGUGGGCAGAAAUACUUUCCACCUAAUGGGAAGGGAAAAAAAAAGAAAAAAAAAAAAAUCUCGCUUGAAAUCUUUUCAGUUCCUUCCUGUUUGUUCAAAGGGGCAGAUCGGGAGCUUUAGCUUGUUAACUGUUUAGAGGAUGGCAGUGCUUCAAGUGCUGGUCUUUGGGGCUGGCUCCAUACAAUUAAUGCAGAAUUUGCAUAUUUGAAAUUGCUUAUUGGCAUAGACUCACCGUAUUUUAUGACUAGACUCACCAUUUGUUCUAAAGUUUUUUGCCUUUAAAAAAUGUAAUACAAGCAUCAGAGGCCAAAAAAAAAAAAAAAAAAGAAUGGACCCUUAUUGAUAGAAAAAAAAAACCCACUUAGUUGAUCAACCUGUAUUAGAGAAAGCAGCUUUAAUUUGAUGCCCCCCCCUCCACCACCUUCCCUGGGAUUGCUUCUGUGAGAUCGGCGUUGGCAAACGGGGGAGAAGGAAAUUCCCCUGGCACUCAGCAACGCUGCACCCACGCGCUUUCCAAGUGCUUGUAGCAAGAGGCUCGGGAUCGUUUGGAGAAAGUUAUUGCAUCCAAAGACAGAAAGGGUCUCUAAGGGUGAAUAUCACCCCCCAGCACCAGCCUUGUCCCCUCAUGGGGGCUGUAGGAUGCCGGGGCCAGCCAGGAGCUGCUCCCGGGUCUCUGCUGGCUGCUGGGGUGGGGUUCACGUUCAGUUGGCUGGUUGGGGUUUUUGGUCUGUUUUGUUUUUGUGAGUGACUUCUACAUCCAGCAAAGAUACGUUUGAUGAAACCUGUUAAUUUUGUAUAUCUGGCUGUUUAUUGCACCAUGGGAUUGUAAUGGUCUGCAUCAUCUGUGUGUGUGUGUGUGUGUGGGUGCGUGUGUGUAUAUGUACUGUAUGUAUAUAGAUAUAUGUAAAAUAUAUUCACGUACACAUGUAUAUGCAUUAGCUGUAAGUGGCACUGCCCCUUGAAAAUAAAACAAAAUUCACCGUUAGCACAUUCUGCCGCGUGUUUAGGCAGAAUCGGGUUGGUUUUUGUCAAAUGAAAAGGAGUUUAUUGUGUUCAUCUUGCCUAUGUGCUUCUGAAAUGCUGGACUCUGGAUUUCCUCGGGGGGUUACUACUCUGUCUGUAAACCGAAUUGAUUUGGGGUGUUACUUGCCCUGGGGCAAAGCAUUCAACUCUGUCCCAAGAAAAGGUUUGGCAAAAGAAACCCCUCUUGCUCUCCCGCGAGAUGCAGUGAUCGUCUGCACGUUCCAGUCGCCCCUCGGUGCCCCCUGUCCAGAGCUGAUGUGCAAUGGGUGGUGUUGGUGCGUGUUCCUUUGUGAGUGGACUCUUUGUACAAGGUGUGGUUCAAUGUAAAGCAUGAGUGGGUGUUUGAUCUUGUGUCGAGGGCUGAAAUAACAGCACACUCCUUUGUACAACCUUUGCAUCAAUGUUUCUGCUUUUCUUUGACUUCUAUUUUCUUUGAGGGAAAACUGCAUCUGUUAAGAACCUGCUUCUCCAGAAGCUAUGGAAUUAUUUUGUUUUCCAGAUGAAUUCCAGCAUGUAACUUUGGUACUCUUGUUUGUUAUUUGUGUAAAAUCUGUUCUUCUGUCGUUUAUGGUGUAGUUGGGGAGGGGGGUGGGGGGAAGAAAAGAAAAAAAUAAAGGAAUUCAUGUAGUUUAACUUUUAAAGAAAAGAAACAAACUGCUUCAUAAGGAAACCAAGUGUAUGUUAGUGUUUUCUGACAAGUCAUCCUGUAGUUUCUAGCUCAGUAAUGCAACACUGUACUUGUCACCAGGUGUGUUACAAUUUUGCUGUACUUUCUUUUACUAGAUGGUUGGGCUUUUAAAUCCCAGACACUAAGCAUCCUGGGCCUACUUGCUCUAGAUCAAAAAAAAAAAAUUAAAAAAAAUGCAAUAAAAAAAAAAUUGCAAUAAAGCACAUUGACAUGUAAUGUUUUAGAAGGAUGUACUGACAGCUGUUUCUAAUAAAUUCAGAACUGCA